GCAAACAAGAGCCAAACUGCAAAAAUGAUUGAAGUUAUUUGCAAUGAUCGACUUGGCAAAAAAGUUCGCGUCAAAUGCAUGCCUGACGAUACUAUAGGUGACUUCAAAAAGCUUGUUGCUGCUCAGACAGGUACAGAUCCAAGGAGAAUUGUGUUGAGAAAAUGGCAUAGCACUUACAAGGACAAUAUCACGUUGGCCGACUAUGAAAUUCAUGACGGAAUGAGUUUGGAGCUUUACUACUCUUAAACUAGCUCUAUGGUUUAUGUUGAAUGGGAUAGUGUCAAUAAAUUCAUGGUUUCUGUUUAGGUUCCUUGAAAUUCUAGAACCCUAGAUGUUUUGAGUUUGUGAAUCAUAAUCUUCGUGAAUUUAGCUUCUUUUUAUGAAAUCCCUUGUUUAGUAAGGAAGUUGAUGCAGGCUAGUCUUUGUCAAGGAAAAUCGAUGUCAAAGCUUUCCAUCAAUGCUUCCUUUCUAUCAAGUUUUGAACUAUGAACAACCCAUGUUUCAAUAGCAUUAUUUCUUCCUUUCUGAAUUGUUAAAGUGUAAUACCAAGAUUCAAAGUUUGGGUUACAAUUUUGCUCAUACUAAUCUUGAAUGAAAGGAAUGUUAAAAAAAAAAAAUACAUGAAAAUUCCAGUUCUCCUUCUCUGUUGGGGCUCUAUUUUACAUUAUAUAUGGUUUUGACUGUUUGGGAUGCUUUCAAUGUCUUGUGAAU